GGAAAGGUGGUUCCUGUCCAGGGUUAAAGAUUGUUUUAAUCGGGGGAAGAACACUGAAAAAAGGAAGUAAAAGUUCUACUGGGAACUUUAUACUCGGUCAAAAUGUUUUUGACACCAGCAGUAGAACUGCUCAAAGUACAGCGAGACAGAGAGAGGUUCACGGCAGACUAGUGACUGUGGUUGAUACUCCAGGAUGGUGGUGGCACUAUCCACUAGAAGACACUCCAGAACUGGACCAGAUAGAAAUCCAGAACAGUGUCCAUCUUUGUCCUCCAGGUCCUCACACCUUUCUUCUGGUCAUUUGUGUUGAGUUUGAUUUUCCUCUGAUUUUCAAAUCAUUUCUGAAAGAACACUUGGAACUUUUUAAUGCAGAUGUGCUCAAACACACAAUUGUGCUGUUCACUGCAUUUUCCCUGUAUAGAGAGGAAAACAUUCAACAUUUUAUCGAAGAAUUCCCAUCAGUUCAGCAGAUUCUUCAACAAUGUGGAAACAGAAAACAUUUUCUUCAUAUCAGUGACAGCGCUGACAGAAUCCAAGUCUUGGAGCUGUUCAGGAAAAUUGAAGAACUGGUUACAAACAACCUCAACAAUCCUUACUCAGUGGAUGAAACUCAAGGAAUCAUUUUGACACAAAAACUUCAAAGUUUUGUAGAAAAUGCAUCAAGAAGAUGGAACAAAGUGCAGAAAAAAAGACAGAAACUCAGAGCUCUGAUUGAAGGUGGUAAGAACCCCCCUGAUCAUUUAAAGUUGGUCAUAGUUGGUCCUCAGAGGUCGGGCAAGAGUUCAGCUGGAAAUAUUAUUCUAGGAAAAGAUGUAUUUGAUGUGAAUGAAAACUGGGAUUGUCCAAGAACAACACAAUGUGAAAUAGGUCACAGUGUGUUUGUAGACAGACGACUUACAGUUGUUGAUUCUCCAGGCUGGUUUUACAGACAAACCCUUCAGGACACCAAUGAGAUGGACAAACUAGAAAUAGAGAAUAGUUUGUAUAUGUGUCCUCCAGGACCACAUGCAGUUCUCCUGGUGAUUGAGCUUGGAACUGCAGUUAAUGCAACGUACCAGAGAUCAGUUCAGGAUCACAUGAGUCUGUUUGGAGAUGAUGUUUGGAAGCACACAAUCAUUCUGUUUACAAUGAGCGACUGGCUUGGAGUGAAGACUGUAGAGGAGAGGAUAGAGAGUGAUGAAGGGCUGCAGUGGCUGGUGAACAAAUGUGAGAACAGAUAUCAUAUCCUGAACAACCUGGAGGGCAAUAAUAGAGAACAAGUAAAGGUUCUCCUGGAGAAGAUUGAGGAGAUGUGGGCAGAAAAUGAUGAUCCUUAUUAUGAAGUCGACCAGAGAAGAGCAGCAGAAAUGGAGACUCUGAGAGAGGAUGCAGACAAAAGAGCCGAAAAGAUGAAGAAGAUCAUUGAAAGACAGUCAAGAGUACUGAAAGAAAUCUUUAAAGAGGAGAGACAGUCACUCAGUGAGCUCAGAGUUGUUCUGUUGGGUCAGAAAGGAUCAGGAAAAAGUGCUGCAAGAAAUCGGAUUCUGUUCAUGGAAAAAAAUGAAGGUUUUAAGAAGGACAAUGAAGAUCAAAGAGUUUCUGUGAAACAUCAAGGAGAUUUUGAUGGAGUUAAAGUCUCAGUUGUUGAGGCUCCAGGCUGGUACAAAGACACAAAAGCUCCUGACUGGCUCAAACAUGAAGUUCAUCGUAGUGUUUCCAUGUGUGAUCCGGGGCCUCACACUUUUCUCCUGGUUGUUCCUGUUUGUAAUUCAUUCAUUGAAAAUGAUCACAAAGAAUUUGUUGAGCUCCUGAAGCCCUUCACUGAGAAAGUGUGGGCACACUGCAUGGUUCUGUUCACAUGGGGAGAAUGGCUCGGAAAACGCUCAAUAGAGGAUCACAUUGUCAGAGAAGGAAAAGCUCUUCAGGAGUUGUUGGCAAAAUGUGAUAACAGAUACCAUGUUUUCAACUUGGAUUAUUCUAAUAACCCUGCACCAGUCAAAGAUCUGCUUCAAAAAGUUAUUGACAUCUCAACACGAAACAGUGGAUGUUUCUCACAUAAAGACUAACAAAAUAAGCCAAUGGUGACAGAAGAGGAGUGGAAGAAGAGAGAACAGAUGUUGAUUGACAGAAUGAUGAGAGCUUUAGUAAAUGAACCAGAUCAAAGAGGAAUACCAUCUGUUGAAGUGGAAAGAAGCAUGGAUGAUUUUGUUAUUCCUAACAUGAGUGGAGAUGUUAUUUCUGAGUUUGGGAGCAUCUCAGGACUUCAAAGAGGACACAAGAAUGUUUCUGAAUGGCUCAAACAACGUACCAGAUUCUCUGAUGUUACCUCUGUGCUGUUGGCACUGAACAAGUGGCUUUCUACGACAUGUGGUGAAACAGGAAUUAAUUUCAUCAACAACUUUCACAUUUUCUGGGAACGCAAACAUCUUUUUAAAGAAAAUGGAUUCAGUUUAAACAAAUCAGGAGUUAAACUGUUCUCCUCCAAUCUCUUCUACUCCCUGCGUCAUGCCAAGACUGAGAUAAAUUUAUAUCAGUGUCAAGGCCAGACACAGACUGGAUCCACACGAGGAACGGAGCUGCCCCCACUGGAGGAAAACAUCAGAAACGGGAGACCUGCCUCCGAAC